CGCAUUUUCUUGUGAUUUUAUUUACAAAGCCAAAUGAACAUCGAUUCUCUGUUGUCUUUGAUCUAUCAAAGCUUUAUUUAAAAUGAGUGAAAACGGUGAUUAUCCCAGUGAAGUUACUAUCAAAGUGAGACUUAGUGAUGAGGAUUACCAAGAUAUCCACAUUGACUGGUCAGAUGAAAGUCAUGAACAUAAACAGCAACUAUUCAUUGAAAAGAUUGCAUCUUUCAUUGGAAUAGCAGCUGAUUACAUAAGGUUCAUAGCAUUAGAUAUGCCAAAUAUUUCAGUAAUCGAUAACCAUAUUUUCAAUAUAGAGAGUCAUUAUAUCAGAAGACGGCCGUCCCUUCGCGUAGUGAAUGAUAUUUUCAUGCAAUUCAUCAAUGAUGGCGAUUCUUUCUUCAUUUGUCCACUUUUGGGUUUAAUAGAUCCUGAAUUUCCUUUUGAUUUAUGUAUCGUUCUUGUCGCCUCAGAACGUGCAGGUAUCCAACCAACAGAAUGUACUCCAUCCUAUUGUAAAAUCCUAAAUACUAGAGCCUUGCUGAAUAGAAAGAAAGCAAUCAUUUUCAAUUCAGAACUUCUUUCAAAAGUUAAAGCUGCUUUUACUGAGGAAAGAUUCCAAGGCCAGAAUCAAUGGUUGAACAUUUUACUCUACUUCAAUAUCUUACAACAUUUCAAUACGUGUUGUCGCUACAAUAGGAUGAGACAAAAGCGCCUUUAUUUACCGAAUCGAGGUUGAUCUCAGGAUUGGUUUCAUCGUCAAUAUCCUUAACCUUUGUGGCAUGUCAGAACUAAUUUUUGAAGUUCAGUUUUGUAAAAUUUAAGAUAAAUAAAGAAAUCA